GUAGUUUGCCAUCAUUGGAGCAGUUAUCCCUUGUAAGUAACCAACUCAGCGGUAAUAUCAUUGAGUUCCAAUCUCGUUCUUUGUCAUCGCUUCUUUUAAGCGAUAACAACCUGCAUGGCCUGAUUCCGAGAUCAAUCUUUGAACUUGAGAACCUUCGAUACCUUGGUCUAUCAUCCAAUAACUUGAGUGGCACUGUGGAGUUUGAAAAGUUUUCAAAGCUCCAAAGUCUUUCUAGCCUUGAGCUUUCCUAUAACCAUCUAUCCUUGAGUUUCAACCAUUUGAGUAACAACAGCUGGCCUCAACUUUUGGACCUAGUUUUGUCUUCUUGCAACAUAAGUGAGUUCCCAUACUUUCUAAGAGCCUCACCAAACUUGGAGUCGUUACACCUCGGAAGUAACAAACUGCAUGGCCUGAUUCCGAGAUCAAUCUUUGAACUUGAGAACCUUCAAUCCCUUGGUCUAUCAUCCAAUAACUUGAGUGGCACUGUGGAGUUUGAAAAGUUUUCAAAGCUCCAAAGUCUUUCUGACCUUGAGCUUUCCGGUAGCCAUCUAUCCUUGAGUUUCAACCAUUUGAGUAACAACAGCUGGCCUCAACUUUAUUCCCUAGAUUUGUCGUCUUGCAACAUAAGUGAGUUCCCAUACUUUCUAAGAGCCUCACCAAACUUGGACACAUUAAACCUUUCCUACAACCAAAUUCAAGGCGAAGUUCCCAAAUGGUUCUGGGAUGUCGCAAAAGAUUCAUUGUCUUAUUUGGAUCUUUCUCACAACUUUUUGAAGGGCACUGCACGACACCUUCAGUGGAAAAACCUUACGUUGUAUUAUUUGGAUCUUUCUCACAACUUUUUGAAGGGCACUGCACGACACCUUCGGUGGAAAAACCUUGGAUAUCUCAACCUUCACAACAAUUCUCUCCAAGGAGAGCUUCCAAUUCCAUCACCUUCCACAUUUUUCUUUUCCAUAUCAAACAACCAAUUGACUGGAGAGAUGCCUCCAACCAUUUGCAGCUUGACUAGCCUUCAAAUCCUUGAUUUGUCUAAUAAUAAAUUGGGUGGCGAAAUUCAUCAAUGCAUAGGGAACUUCAGCCAGAGCCUCUCUGUUUUGGAUCUACGGAAUAAUAAUUUUCAUGGUGUGAUUCCUGGGACAUUUUCUAACGGAAACGUUUUGAGAAAUCUUGAUCUUAAUGGAAAUCAAUUGGAAGGGUCGUUGCCGCGAACUUUGCUCACAUGUAGAGAGUUGGAAGUUCUAGACCUUGGAAACAACAAAAUUCAAGGCACAUUCCCAAAUUGGCUGGAAUCUCUUCCGAAGUUGCAGGUUCUUAUCUUGAGGUCUAACAAAUUCUAUGGUGAAAUAGGCAAAUUGCGUAUCGUGGACCUCUCCUACAAUCAGUUUAGCGGUCUCUUGCCAACAAAAUAUUUUGAACAUUUGACGGCCAUGAUAAACUCGCAAGAACAUGAACUGAAAUAUAUGGGAGAGUACUACUAUGAGGAUAGUGUGGUAGUGACAAUUAAAGGCUUCGAAAUUGAAAUGGUGAAGAUUCAAACUUUCUUCACAACUAUUGAUUUCUCAAGCAACACUUUCAGAGAAGAGAUUUCAAACGUAAUCGGUAAGCUUAAAUCACUGAAGGGGCUUAACUUUUCUCAUAAUGAGCUUACAG